AUAAAUUUAAAUGCAAAUGAAGUUUGGGAUCUUAGUUAAUUUUUGACAAUAUAAUUUUUUUAGUGAAUAAAGCAAUAAACGAAAAAAUGUCUGGCGAUCAGUUGCCUUCAGAAAAUGAUGUCAUCUUAUAUGGAUCAGGAUUGACAGAGAGCAUUAUAUCAGCCUCACUUUCAAGAGUUGAACAAAAAGUCCUACAUGUUGAUUGCUUUGACUUCUACGGUGGUUGCUGGGCUUCUUUCAACCUCAGGUCUUUCAGGAAAUUGGUGCAAUCCAAGUGCUCUCCUCAGCUUAGCUGUCCUGAUGUUAAUUUGGAGAAGUUGAACCUGAAAGAUGGUGAAAGAUUUGUUGACCUGUUCAAACAGCCAGAAAUUAUUACAACUGUUGUUGAAGAUCCUGAAAUAUGUGAAAAAGAAAUUAAAGAUGAACUCCCCUCCACCUUCUGGAUGAAGAGUAACACAGAACCAACUGUCAGGCCAGAACAAGAAACUGUCGACCUCAACAGAUCAAUCAUUUCAGAAGCAAACACUUCCUUUGAAGAAGAAGCUGAACCCUCACUGCCAGCAUCUGAGGAGAAGCAAGGGAAAACAUUUGAGAAUCACGAAGAUGUGCUAACAAGCAAGGAAGAAGGCAAACCUGAUGAAGAAGUCUGCUUGAAAGAUUCAUCAAACGAGAGUGCACAUGCUGAAGAUGGUAAGGAUGUGUGUGGUAAGAAAGCAGAAGAUGUCUGUGAAAAGAAAGCUGGUGAUGUUUGCGGUGAGGAAGCCAAUGAUGCCACGUUGCUCCAAACUUUCAAUGUAUCAGUUGAUGACGUUGUUGCUUUGGACCGAAAGUUCAACAUCGAUCUUGUGUCAAAGUUGUUGUACAAUAGAGGCUGCAUGGUGGAGUUGUUGAUCUCAUCAGAUGUCGCUCGCUACUGCGAGUUCAAGAUUGUCUCCAGGAUCCUCACCUUGCUCGAUGGAAACUUUCAAACUGUACCUUGCUCAAAGUCUGACGUCUUCGCAACUACAGCUGUUGGCGUGUUCGAGAAGAGGUUGCUGAUGAAGUUCCUCAGCAUGGCACUCAUCUACACGGAGAAGCCCGAGGAAUAUGAAGGAUUUGAAUCGAAAAAGUUUUCUGAAUUUUUGGAGCACAAAAAGCUGACAAGGCUGUUGAAGCAUUAUGUUCAAUACGCCAUUGCAAUGGUGGACGAUGAUGCCACAACUCUGGAGGGCUUGGAAGCAACACGGAAGUACUUGGAAUCUCUUGGUCGUUAUGGCAACUCAUCAUUCCUGCUUCCUCUCUAUGGCGUUGGAGAGCUGGUUCAGUGCUUCUGCAGAUUGUCAGCAGUUUUUGGUGGUGUUUACUGUCUCAACCGAUACCUGGCUGGUGUUGUGGUUGAUUCAAAUGACAAUGUGGUAUCUGUGGUUGAUAGCAAUGGUGAACGACUCAGCACGAAAUGGCUGGUAGUUGAUCCAAUGUAUGUCAAUGAAAAUUAUCUGCCAUCAGUUUGUCGCAAAAGAAUGAUGUCUAGAGUGAUUCUCAUAACUGACAAAUCAGUUGUGCCAGAUGCAGAUAGCCACAUAACAUUGUGCAACGUAGCAGUGCAGGGCGGCAAGAACAUUAUCAUGCAAGAGUUCAGUUCACUAUCACAAGCCUGUCCUGAUCAUUAUUACAUGGUCCAUCUGACCUGCGAGACUAGAGUGGAUGCCCACACAGACCUCAGUCCCUUUGUGAAGGACCAUUUUCAUUCCUCUACCUCUUCCGAGAUGGAUUCUGACGUUGUGCAAGACAAGCCGAAAGUGUUGUGGGCUGUGUACUUCAAUAUUGCGGGUUUCCACGUUGUGACACCCGCUACCAUCUUCAACAACGUUCUCAUCACUUCCAAUCCCAAUGCUAAUAUAGAUUGCGAUCGACCAAUACAUGAAGCUGAAUGCGUCUUCAAGAGGAUAUGUCUCGACCAAGCAUUCCUACCGAAAGCUCCAAGACCUGAAGAAAUCAUCUUCUGCGAGGACCCUGCCGACAGAACAUCCGAUCAGAAGAAUGAUGAUGCUGAACUCCAAAGUCAACCUAAUGCUGAAACUGAUGACGUCAAAAAAGAAUUUGAAGGUGAAGGUAAAGAAGUGAUAGGAGACAGUGAGGUCGUCAAAGCAGAACUGAGUUGAUGCAAUUACCUCAACCAUGAUUUUGUCUGGAUCUAAUUUCUCAGAAAGUUUUCCAUAUCUAAUAUUCAUUUUUUUUGUUAAAUUUUGUCGCUGACUGGUCAUCAAGAAAUAUUUUUAUAUUGGUUUUAUAAUUUUUUUUUAUUGUUUCGUUCAUAUUUUACAUCUUCGUCAUUUGUAACAAUACUUUACGCUCUUUAAUGGGCCUCAAAUUGAAAAUAAUUUAAACUAAUUUAACUCUAACCACCCCACCCUGCAACUGACGAUUCAUUUUUUAAGGCAUGUUUAAUUUUGAACAUUGCAUGUUGUACACGUCAGUUUUGAACUUUAAUAAAAUUUACAAAUUAAA